CCUCACACUCACCCGCUCCUGUUCCUUUGUACUUCAUGAAAACCACGCAAUGCUUGGACGAUUAGCCAAUCUGAAUCUAACGACGUGCGCGCUGGUCACACUGGCGUUCUCGACGCUGUACGCGCUCCUGCAGUUCUCCCCGACGCCAUACAAGCACAACCGAUGCCUGGCGGUGCAGCAGACCGGCUGGUGGGCAGACAAGACAAAGCUCCUGUGGCAGCCCGAAGGAUGCACGCUCAAGGCAUAUGGGCCGAAGGAUACAACUAGCUGCAUGGGCAAGGACUUUGUGGUGUUUAUCGGCGACUCAUCGGUGCGCGACAAGUUCUACGCGUUUGUGCGGCUGGUGGACCCAAAGUUCGGCAACCAGGGGAAGGUGCACGCAGAUAUCCGCGUUAACUGGCCGGGCUCGGAGGAUCUGGCCGCGUACUUUGUAUGGGAUCCGUAUCUGACGUCGGAAACCACCUGGAAGGUCGUCGCUGGCGAGACUACACAGGUGCUGUCGCGGCCACCGCGGUCCAUUGUGGUAGGAGCCGGCUCGUGGUUCCUCCGGAACAAGGCCGAGUCGGGCGGUCUUACCACAUGGCGCAAGGAUGUUGACUUGUUGGCAGCGAGAAUCGCAGCGCGCAAGGGCUCGAAUUUGCCGCGCGUGUUUGUCAGCCCGGUGCCCAAUGUGGUGCCGGAAAAGCUGGCGCCGGAGCGGCGACAGGCGCUGGACCCGAAUGCAAUUUACUGGAUGAACAAAUACAUGGAGAGGAUCGGGCUGGAGGUGUUCUCUGCGUGGAGUCGUAUGACAGCGGGUGCCCUAGAGACCGCUGACGGACUGCACUACUCGCCGCGACUUGAGGAUCGUGCCAUCGGUCUGCUGGUGAACAACCUGUGCAACAGCCGCCUUCCAACCACGCCGCCGUUCCGGACGACUUGCUGCUUCGAGUACCCAUCGCCGCACUGGUUCCCAAAGAUGCUUGCCCUGGCAACCGUGUUCCUGGGGCUGCUGAUGCUGGCUAAGCGAUCCAGCGAGAGUGGAUGGCGCCGGCUUGUGCCAACUUUUGAGACGCUGCGGCAGAUGGUAGUGUUUGUGGCGAUUCUUCUGCUGAUGUACGUGAACGACCGGACGCCGCUGUUUGGCAAGAUCCAGAAGCACUUUGUUGGCUGGGUGUUCACGCUGCUGUCUGUCGCUGCACUGGCGGCUGGCGGGUACACUGUCAAAGAAGACUCGGCGCCAGGGUUCCUGAACCGCGACCAGACCGAUGAGUGGAAGGGCUGGAUGCAGCUGGCAAUUCUGAUCUACCAUGUGAUGAAUGCAUCCACAGUCUCAGGCAUCUACAACCCGGUGCGCGUGCUGGUGGCCAUGUACCUGUUCAUGACAGGCUACGGCCACUUCUUCUACUUUUACAAGAAAAAGAACUACGGGCUAGCACGUCUGACGGUGGUCUUGCUGCGCACCAACAUCCUGGCGGUGGUUCUGGCAUACACCAUGGGCACGUCGUACAUGGACUACUACUUUGCGCCGCUGUCAUCGGUCUGGAUGCUGAUUGUCUGGCUGACGAUGCGCAUCCUGCCCGAGCACAACUACACGAACUUUGUGUGGGCCAAAAUUGCCGUCUCGGCAGCAGUGUUUUCGGCGAUCAACUCGCUGGGCCUGUGGCCGAUGGGGCUGCUGUCAAUUGUCAAUGUGAACUGGAGCGCGCACGAGUGGGAAUUCCGGUUCGGUGUCGACAGGUUCAUUGUGUACGUUGGCAUGGUCACAGCGCUCAUUACGAUUCGGUACCAGAGCGCACUGAUGGCGCAUGCGCGCUGGGCACAGAUCAGGCGGUGGGCGGUGCUGUUCUCGGUCAUCGGCAUGGUGUGGUAUUUCUGGUUCGAGCUGACCAGCGAGUCAAAGUUCACCUACAAUGCCUACCACCCGUACAUUUCGCCGAUCCCCGUGGUGACCUUUGUGGUCCUGCGCAAUUCGACACAGUUCCUGCGCUCGCGCAGCAGCCAGGCGUUCCGCUCGGUCGGCCAGGUGUCGCUCGAGCUGUUUAUUGCGCAGUUCCACCUGUGGCUGGCAGCCGACACCAAGGGCAUUCUGGUGCUGGUGGACGGGCGCCUGUGGUUCAUCAACCUGAUUGUCUCGUCGGUGGUGUUUUUGGCACUGUGCCAGCACCUGAGCCACGCCACGGGCGCACUGACCUCUUGGCUCAUGCACAAGCCGGCGAGCAGCAGCGCCGGUGGGGACAUUCCGCUGGCAGAGACUGGGCAGCCGCCGGAGCAGCGCGCACAGCUGCUCGACCGGCUGGCGGGCGGCGGCGGCUCGAGGAUCAAUUGGACGGAAUCGCUGGCUGUGCGGUGGAUCGCUGGCUUGGCGCUGCUAAUUCUAAUGAACGUUCUGUCUGUGUGAUGGGGCCUGUGUUGUGCCAAGCAGAAUUGCCCAAUGGGUGGCUGCACACGUGAUCGGUUUCAUACAACACUCUGCGGUGUUCGUCCAUGCGGGGCAUCUGCGCUGGCAGGCCCGCCUUCUCUUAGUUGGUCAUUUUUUCCCUUCACAAUUUUAUAUCACAUAGAGCAGCUUCAUUGGCAAAUGACUGACGACUAUUCGAACAACCUGCAGCAGCUGGUGGAGCUGUUUCCGGAGGUCGACAGGGAAGUGCUUGAACGCGGUGCUGCGCUCCAACGCCGGUCUGGUCGAGCCCAGCAUUAACGCGGUCCUGAGCAUGACUGACCCAGAGUACAAGCCCGAAGAGCCACAGCAG